ACUAAACUCCUGAUGGCAUCCAUGGCUGUCUCCGAUUUAUUCAUCGGCGUUUUCAUCAUGCCGAUGUGCGUCUUGGAGGUUAUUCACAAUGGAACGUGGGUCAUUGGACGGGAAUUAUGCAUCCUCAAAUAUUACGUGGAUUAUUUACUGAGUGCAGAAUCAACCUUACACAUUCUAGCCAUGACCCUCGACCGCUACCUCGCCGUUUGUCACCCCCUGAAGUACAGACUUUUAACCAACAAGCACGCUUACAUCAUUUUAACUUUAGCGUGGCUCAUUCCUACAGUAUUUCUCGUGAGCUGGGUCCUCUUUGGAUUAGAAAGCUUUAAGUAUUGCUUCCAAAUAAGACACGAGUGCAACUUGUACAACUUUUCACCUGAGUUUCUCACGGCGUUUAUCUGCAGUUUUGUAAUCCCUUUUAUUAUAGUGUACAUCCUUUAUUUUUGUAUUCUGCGGAAACUUGGACAAUACAAAAAAGCUUUUGGGAAACGCAUGAGCCAUCAUAGCAGAAGACCCUCUAACAGACAUGCGCAGUUGGAUCUCAUUGCAAUUAAAAACCUCGAAUCGUCACAAAAUAAAAUGCAACCCUUUCAAGGAAAUUUAACUUUGGUCACACGAGAAGAGGUUUCACGUCCUAAUAUUUUCAUCCUUUCGAGUCUCAGCGACUCCACUCAAAUUCUAACUUCAGUGAACCAAUCGGCUUUUACCAAGCAGAGCGCACCAACUAGGAAAACUAAAACGUUUCGCACUAUAGGCGUGGUGAUGAUAGGUUUCACCAUUUGUUGGCUGCCUUCGUGGACGCUGGUUUUGGUUUUUUUGGUGAGGCAAUACUUAGUCCCCCACUGGUUUCUGAUGUGCAUCGCUUGGUUUGGCUACAUCAAUUCUGCCAUUAGUCCGGUUCUGUAUUGCUGCAACAGAUCGGUCAGACGAGCUGUCAGAUCUCUGCUGUGCCCACGUUCGAUGAUGCAAUGA